GACCACACUCUGCUCCGUCUGUGGCUUCAGCUGUCCGGAACGUUCCGUCAGAGUCUGGAACCUCCUGUCAGCCUGGAACGGAACGCUGGAACCCUCUGCAGACAUGAGCUCCUGGACUGACAGUAAGACAGGUGAUGAAGGUGCUGUGGCCUCCGGCUGCUGUCCUGAUUGCUGAUUGGCUGCUGGUCUCCAGCCUCCCAGCUGUCCAGCCUGACCAUGAAGCUGAGAGACAAGCUGCAGUCGCCACGGCGACGGUCCGAGACGGUGAAGGUGGAACCAGCUGACCUGAGGCAGCAGAACCACGAGCGGGCGGCGCUGUUGGACCGGCAGAGGGACGUGGUCAGCGCCCUGCAGUACUUCAAAGCUCUGGUGGACAGACUGGGCCUGGACAGGGGGGACGGGGGGGACAGGCCGCUGCUGGACCGCUCGGUGGUCGGGGGUCUUGUGGGCGGGGCCUCCUCGGGCGUCCUGGAGUCGGUGCAGGCUCUGGUGCAGCAGCUGGAGAACAGCGAGACGGUCUCGUACGACGCUCUGGCUCGGCUGAUUCGCUGGGCCGAUCAGGUGAUGGUGCAGGGCGUCUCCCACGGCAACCAGGAGUCCACACCGAGCAUCACCGCCGUCAUCAGGGCGGUGCUGGACACCGUCAAAGAUCUGGUACGUUUGGCUGCAGAUAGACACAAAGUCUCCGCCCCUUUGUCCUCCGUCCAAUCGCAGACUGCUGGGGGACAGACGGGACAUUCUGAUGACCAGGAGACACUGAACAGUUCGGAGACAUGCUUCAGUAUUUUAAGGGACGAGGACAAAGAGGAAGCAGUGAGUGGGGAAAGGACAGGGGCGGGGCAGACCGAUCUGGCUCCGCCCAAGCCCCUGAAGCCCCGCCCCCUUACCAGAGUCUCACUGGGCCAGAGUCCUCCAGCUCUCCCUCCAAAGAAGCGUCAGCCAUCAUCAGGCCCCGCCCCCUGCAGGGUUGCCAUAGUAACACCAAUGAGACAAGAGCCUGAAGAGAAGCGCCAGGUCGAACAGGAGUGUGAAGAUGACUGUUUGAAGCGACCCUCUUCUUCUGCAGAGUCUACCGCUCAUGACUCACACUGCGAGGACGACCCAGACUACCGCUUCCUCACCACAGACAUGUCCUGCUUGGACACUCUGGCCCCGCCCCCCUCCACUGUGGCCCCGCCCCCCACCCUGCCAGAGAAGACGAGGACCGGCUCAGGACUCACCUGCUCCCAGACUCCGCCCCCCUCUGGGUUUGACUCUCCGCCUCACCAUCUGGGCUCCGCCCACUCUGAAGACACCGCAGGUCCCGAUGCAAACAAGAGUCCGCCUCCGCUGCCCGAGAAGACCCGGCACAUCCAUCAGUAUCUUCAGUUCUGUUCCUUCUACAGUGAUCAGUCAACAGCUUCUCUCUACCGGAGACACCUGGACUCACACCUGGACUCAGACUCCACCCCCUCAGCUGAACACCCUCCUGCUCUACCACCGAAGAAGAAACAGCAGGAACAGGAUUCAACUGAACAACAACCUGAAGGCACAGAGAACACACACAGGUUGCAGAGCGACCAGCAGGAGGUGCUGCUGUCCAGCGAUGAAGUCAUUCAGCGGGUCGUGAUGAAGUCAGCGGACGACGACGGACCCGACAUGAAGGCAGCCUCUGCCGAUGUCCUGCUGGUCCUCGCCACAGACAGUGGUCAGCCGCUGUACCGGGACGUCUUCCUCUGCACCUACCGAGGCUUCCUGAGUCCAACACAAGUCCUCAGAAGACUGGAGGACAGAUACAGACACCUGAAACAGAGACGAGAACCUGAGAACCAGAAGAACCUGCAGGACUCCAGAGACUGUUUCAGCCUCCUGCUGAGAGUGACGGACGAGCUGUGUGUGACGGAGCUGGACUCUGAUUUGCUGCUGCUGCUCAUGGAUCUGGUGUCCAGCCUCCUGAUUGGUGGAGAGCUUGGCCCCGCCCACCUGCUGCACACCAGCAUCCUGUCCAGGAUGGAGAAGACGUGGCAGCUGAUUGGUUCUCCUCCGUCGCUGGCGGCCCGGAGUGUGGCGGCACGACCAGGAACUCUGCUGGACUUCAGGAGUCAGGACUUGGCUGAACAGAUGACUCUGCUGGACUCAGAGCUCUUCUACAAGAUCCAGCUCCCGGAGGUCUUGAUGUGGUCUUUGGAGCAGAAUGAAGAGAAAAGUCCAAACCUGACCAAGUUCACACAACACUUCAACAACAUGUCCUUCUGGGUCUGUUCGGUCAUCAUCCUUCAGGACAAAGCUCAGGACCGGGAGAAGCUGCUGCUCAAGUUCCUGAAGGUCAUGAAGCACCUCAAGAAGCUCAACAACUUCAACUCCUACCUGUCCAUCCUGUCGGCUCUGGACUCCGCCCCCCUGCGGCGCCUGGACUGGCAGAGGAGCUCCUGCGAGGCGGUGGAGGAGAUGAGCGCCAUCAUCGACAGCACGGCGUCCUUCAGGGCCUACAGGACCGCCCUGGCCGAGGUGGACCCGCCCUGCAUCCCCUACCUGGGUUUGAUCCUUCAGGACUUGACCUUUGUUCACCUGGGGAAUCCCGAGACCUUGAUGACAUCACAGGGUUCAAAGGUGAACUUCUCCAAAUGCUGGCAGCAGUUCAACAUCCUGAAGACCCUGAGGAGCUUCCAGCAAGUGUCAGUCCUACUCUCUGCAGCCCGACGGCGACAUCGUCUCCUUCUUCAACGACUUCAGCGACCACCUGGCCCAGGAGGCAUUAUGGGAGCUGUCCCUCAGGAUCCGCCCGAAGAACGCUCCCCGAGCCAAUCAGAGAUGACUCCGCUGGCCAGCAGCGGCCGCACCAGAACCAGAACCAGAACCAGGACCAGGACCAGGACCAGGACUGCUCCCUGAGACUUCUUUGAUACCAAACCCAACGCUAACCUGCAGUGAAAUGAUGCUAAGCUAACGACCACCGUGCAGGGGGCGGAGUCAGAGUCCAGGAACAUGGUCAGUCAGGGGGCGGAGUCUCUGAGUCCAGGGCUGAACACGUUCAGGGGGCGGAGUCUGAGUCCAGACGUGAACGUGGUCAGGGGGCGGAGUCUCUGGUCAGAACUUUAUCGGACAGAUAAAUGUAAAUAUUCUCCAGAAGGUGUUGAGCAGUUUGGGAAUGAACCAAGUUAUUGAUCCGGUCUGAAGAUCUUCGCUCCAGGGGGGUACUGCACAAAAGUGGGAUAAAAACAUCCAGGAUAAAUGAAAAUGCGCGGCUUGAGUCAGCCUAGUCGGUGUUUUCUCGGAUUAAUCGGUUGCACGUUUGCUGAGCCAGGAUGAAAAGACGCGGCUUACUCAAGCCAGGUGUGG